AGCUGCGUAAAGCCAAUAAGAGUGGAGGAAUCGAUGACGUUAACCAAUGGGGACGCGGGGAUAUUACGGCCAAUGAGAAUGGAGAAGGUCCAGGACACGUGGGUGGGGGAAGCUGAGCGCUGAGACCAAGGGCUAAAGCUGGGAGACUGAAAAAAUGCAGACCGCCGGGGCAUUAUUCAUUUCUCCAGCUCUGAUCCGCUGUUGUACCAGGGGUCUAAUCAGGCCUGCGUCUGCCUCCUUCUUGAAUAGCCCAGUGAAUUCAUCUAAACAGCCUUCAUACAGCAACUUCCCACUCCAGGUGGCCAGACGGGAGUUCCAGACCAGUGUUGUCUCCCGGGACAUUGACACAGCAGCCAAGUUUAUUGGUGCUGGGGCAGCCACAGUUGGUGUGGCUGGUUCAGGGGCUGGCAUUGGAACCGUGUUUGGCAGCUUGAUCAUUGGCUAUGCCAGGAACCCGUCUCUCAAGCAGCAGCUCUUCUCCUAUGCCAUUCUCGGCUUUGCCCUGUCUGAGGCCAUGGGGCUCUUCUGUUUGAUGGUUGCCUUCCUCAUCCUCUUCGCCAUGUGAGGCUCCAUGGGGGGUCACCUGCCUGUUGCUGCUGCAACUCUACACCAUUCUUGGUGCUGGGGUGUGCUAAGCUUUACCAUUAAACACAACGUUUCUCUAAA